CCGGCUGUCACCCUCUGACAGCCUUUGAGCUGACAAGAGGGUGACGCUUGUAGUUUUUUCCGAGGGACUUCAGCUUAGUCAUUUGUUGGAGAAGUUAUGUUUUUGCACUUCUCCGAUUUGGGCCAGCGGCACGUUUAAUACUGACUAGGGGAAACUUUGAGUUUUUGAGGAAAAAAAAAAAAAAAGAUCUGAAUUUCCUCUUUCUUCGCAUUACUCUUGAAGACUUUAAAAUGCUUCUGAGUUUAUAAACUUGUAACAAACUGCGAGUCCAGGCGGACGUGUAGGGUGAUCAUCAGAGCCGAGAGUAUGACUGCCUGCAAGUCAGUGCCUCUAACUUUCUCUGCUUAGCAGCAAGUGGGCCUCGGUGGCUCUGUUGAUAGUUAUAACCAGAGGAAAAAAACCCGUAUCUAUUGAGAGGGCAUAGUGUUUCGUUAAGGAGACGAGGAAAUUGUUUUAGAGAAUAUCUCAAGUACUGGGGAGGAGACGGGACAAGUACACCACACAGUAAGAGCGUAUUUCUGCGCUUCAUCACACGUGGCAUCCCUUGGGUAGCAUUUUGUCUACUUUUUAUUCCUUCCCGAUCCUUCUGCGAUAGGCUGGGAUUCUCCUUUCUCGUUCUCAAAAGGCAGAGAUAAAACCCCCAAACAAACCAGAGAACCCCGGUGACAAAGAGGGCAGAUGUGCCGACAGUUUGAAGUCAUCUGAGCAUUUUUCUAGCGUUAGUUUUUCUCAGCAGAGCAAAGCUGAGUAUUUUGCCUAGGGUGCGUAACACUUUCCAAAUCUUUUUUCGAACCACAGAGAAACAGCAUGACAGAAAUGUGACUCGACUGUUUUGUUGCAGUCUGUUCUUAGCUGCUAUUAAAAAAAAAAAAAAAAAAAAGUGUUGAAUUUGGAAAUUCCGGAGGAAGGCAGUGAAGAUCCAACCUGGGAAAUGUCAGCUGCCGGAGUAGGACCAGGGCAGAUCUGACAGACGUGGAAAGUUUUCUUUCAGCCCUAACUCGAGGUGGCUUCUUCCCAGGACAAGCAGUUUCCUCUGCAGAGAGUUGUUUGUGCCCGGUUGCCUCUUAGCAGCUACCUGCUGCCUCGCUUCGACUGGCUGUGUCCAGCAUUGCUUAAAAAAAAGUGGAUCAGCUUGUCAAUGGGGACUUUUUUGCUCAGAGUAACCUCAUUGCCAUAAUAACUUCAAAAUAAUGACUGCAGUGCAACAAAAAGUGAAAGUGUUGGUUAGAAUGUGCCUAAUUAAAGCUUGGAUCAAUAAACUGCACUUGCUGUAAGAAAACACCAAGUAACUUUUCCAGACAGUAAUCUAGAAAGGUACUCAUUAAUGAGUGAAGGAUCAAAAGGUGGGACGGUGGCCAAGAAGCAAUGGAGAAUAAAAGUUUAGAAGGUUCCCCAUCAGACCUAAAGUUAGUGGCUCACCCGAGAGCAAAGAGUAAAGUGUGGAAGUACUUUGGGUUUGAUACCAAUGCAGAAGGAUGCAUAUUACAGUGGAAGAAGAUCUACUGCCGUAUUUGCAUGGCACAGAUCGCCUAUUCAGGAAACACGUCCAACCUUUCCUACCACCUUGAGAAAAAUCACCCCGACGAAUUCUGUGAAUUUGUGAAAAGUAACACUGAGCAAAUGAGGGAAGCCUUUGCCACUGCGUUUUCAAAGAUCAAGCCGGAGUCAUCGCAGCAAGUUGUUCAAGAUAGCCUCAUCAUGAAGACCUACCAGAACUACGAAAACAGAAAGCAUCAGGAACUGACGUCUGCAGUCAUCAGCUUAAUUUGCGAGGGCAUGUAUCCGGCCUCUAUCGUCGACGAACCCACCUUCAAGGCCCUCUUGAGAACUGCAGACCCCAGGUAUGAACUUCCGAGCCGGAAGUACUUCUGCACAAAAGCUAUUCCUGAAAAGUACAGUGCCGUUAGAGAAAUUGUGCUGAAAGAGCUCACCGAGGUGCUGUGGUGUGGCAUAUCCACAGACAUGUGGAGGAGCGAAAACCAGAACAGGUCGUACGUAACCGUCGCGGUUCAUUUUCUCAGCAGCAGCCCUGCCAACUGCCUGGCGGUGAACUCACGGUGUUUAAAAACAUUUGAAGUACCGGAGGAUAAUACCGCAGAGACUAUUACGCGAGUCCUUUAUGAAACGUUCAUUGAGUGGGGGAUCAAUACAAAAGUCUUUGGUGCUACAACAGAUUACAGUAAAGACAUCGUGAAAGCUUGCUCUCUCCUAGAUAUUCCCGUGCAGAUGCCUUGUUUGGGGCACACUUUUAACGCAGGAAUACAACAAGCUUUUCAGCUCCCCAAGCUCUGCAGCCUUCUUGCCAGGUGCCGAAAACUGGUGGAGUAUUUCCAGCAGUCUACGGUCGCGAUGUACAUGCUGAGCGAGAAGCAGAAGCAGCAGAACAUCCUCCACUGCAUGCUGGUAAGCGACCGUGUUUCCUGGUGGGGAAGCACGCUCGCUAUGCUGCAGCGCCUCAAGGAGCAGCAGUUUGUCAUUGCGGCUGUUCUCGUGGAGGACAGCAACAACCACCACCUCAUGCUGGAAGCCAGUGAGUGGAAUACAAUCGAAGGGCUGGUGGAGCUGCUGCAGCCUUUCAAGCAGGUUGCAGAGAUGAUGUCUGCUUCAAAGUACCCGACGAUCAGUAUGGUGAAGCCACUUCUCCACAUGCUUCUGAAUACUACCCUGAACAUCAAAGAGAACGAUUUGAAAGAAAUCAGCAUGGCGAAGGAGGUGAUCGCUAAAGAGCUGUCAACCACCUACCAGCACACGCCCGAGAUAGACAUGUUUCUCAACGUUGCAACUUUCUUGGAUCCCCGCUACAAAAAACUGCCUUUUCUUUCAGCCUUUGAGCGGCAGCAGGUUGAAAACAGAGUGGUGGAAGAAGCAAAAAGCCUGCUGGAGAAAGUAAAAGAAAAUACCUUUCGGACUGAAGAGAAAUUCUUCACCGUUUCAGAAGAGCCCCCUGUGAAAAAAAUCAUCAUCUCCUCUACUCCUCCUCCUACCAGUGUCAUCAACAACAUGCUCGCAGAGAUCUUUUGCCAGACGGGAGGCGUGGAAGACCAGGAGGAAUGGCACGCUCAGAUCGUUGAGGAGUUGAGCAACUUCAAGUCGCAAAAGGUCCUCGGUUUGAAUGAAGACCCGCUGAAGUGGUGGUCAGACAGACUAGCGCUGUUCCCAGUUUUACCAAAGGUCCUUCAAAAAUACUGGUGUAUUUUGGCCACAAGGGUCUUCCCUGAACGCCUUUUUGGUUCUUCUGCUAACGUUGUAAGUGCAAAGAGAAACCGGUUAGCCCCGGCUCAUGUGGAUGAGCAGAUCUUUUUGUACGAAAACAGUCGGAAUGGGUCUGAGGCAGAACCAGAGGAUGAAGACGAAGGAGAGUGGGGUUUGGAACAGGAACAGAUUUUUAAUUUAAAUGACUCGGUAAAUGUAAACAACAAUUUCUUUAAUAUCCGAGACAGUGGGUUUGUUUAACAGGACUGCUGCGGUACGUUUAAUAACAAAGAAAAAAAGGUAUUUGUCUUAAGUUACCAAAAAUACUUCUGUUUUAUGCUAUGAAUGCUGUAAAUAUUGAACAGUUGUAACAAACUUGAUUUAGCUUCCAUUGUCUAUGUUUUUCCCACUGUCUUAAAACAUGAAUGACUUGUGAUUAAACAGCACUGAAAUGAAUGAGGAAAUAAAUUCUACAAAGAACGUGAUUUCUGUCUGUGGCCCAGAUUUCAGAAAGCACUUACCCAUGUGCUUCCUUUCCACGUGCUUCAGUGGGAGACAAGCACAUGCUUCUGUGCUUUCUAUCAUAAAAAUAUUUUCCUGAAUUAGGACCCUGAGCAAGGGCGUUUUUAAGAUUUAUGCCUCUGUUUGUAAAUCCUGUGUGACUCAGGAUGUUAGCUUUAAAUUUUGGAUUUUAAAUCAUUAUUUUUAAAAUCCAUAAAUCUGAGCAGUGAAUAUUUUUAGAGUAUAUUGAUGCUAUGGAAUGAAAAAAGAUCUUGAGCCUGAUUUUCUUUUUCACUACCUCAUGUCUUAGGCCUGGUCUAUGCUAGAAAAGUUCAGCUGGUGUAAUUCUGUCAAUUAGGGGACUGAUGUAUUAUUAUUUUAACUGAUACUGUGCUGGCGUAGGCUGUAGUGUGGAUGCAAUUAUACUGGGAUAAGUUAUUUUCCUUUCCAGUGCGGUGUAAAUGGUAUAAACACUUCUGAACUGGUAUUGCUGUGUCCACAUCAGUCCGGUUUUACCAUUUAACUGCAGCAGGCUAAAUGGCAAAAACUACUUUUUUGUGUGUGUGUGCGUCUGUGUGUCUAGGCAAGCCCUGAUUGUAGUCUCUUGUGCUUUUACAAAGUGGUAACGAAGUGUGCGGGGUCGGGGCGGCGUUGUGUUACCUCCCGCUUUGUGCCGCUGUUACGGAUGGUGCCCCGUGGUGGGAAGCAGGGAAAGG